CUAUUUUUUAAAAUUAAAAAGAAUAGUAAUUUAUGUCUUUAUAUAAAUUAUAAAAAUCUUAAUAAAAUUUCUAUAAAAAAUUAUUAUUUUUUAUUUAUUAUUUUAGAGAUUUUUGACAGUGUCUCAGAUAGUAAAUAUUUUUUAAAAAUUAAUAUUAAAAAUAUUUACUAUCAAAUCUGUAUCAAAGAAAAUAAUAAAUAA